AUGGCUGGUUCUGCAUUAGAUACGAAGGACAAGAAUCAUUUCACCUGCACCUGCACUCAGUGUGGAAAGAGUUUUGGAAGAAAAGGCAGUCUUAAAAUUCACAUGAGGAUCCACACUGGAGAGAAACCAUUCACAUGCACUCAUUGUGGAAAAAGUUUCAGCCAAUUAUCAUCCCUUAAUCAACACAUGAGGAUCCACACUGGAGAGAAACCAUUCACUUGCACUCAGUGUGGGAAGAGUUUCAGCCAAUCAUCAUCCCUUAAUCUACACAUGAUGAGCCACACUGGAGAGAAACCAUUCACUUGCACUCAGUGUGGGAGAAGUUUCAUCCAAUCAUCAGACCUUAAUAAACACAUGAAGACCCACACUGGAGAGAAACCAUUCUCAUGCACUCAGUGUGGGAAGAGUUUCAGCCAAUCAUCAUCCCUUAAUCCACACAUGAUGAGCCACACUGGAGAGAAACCAUUCACAUGCACUCAGUGUGGAAAAAAAUUUCACUGCUCUUCACACCUUAAUCUACACAUGAGGAUCCACACUGGAGAGAAACCAUUCACUUGCACUCAGUGUGGGAGGAGUUUCAGCCAAUCAUCAGACCUUAAUAAACACUCGAAGACCGACACUGGAGAGAAACCGUUCGCAUGCACUCAGUGUGGGAAAAGUUUUCACUGCUCUUCACACCUUAAUCAACACAUGAGGAUCCACACUGGAGAGAAACCAUUCACUUGCACUCAGUGUGGGAGGAGUUUCAGCCAAUCAUCAUCCCUUGAUCAACACAUGAGGAUCCACACUGGAGAGAAACCAUUCACUUGCACUCAGUGUGGGAGGAGUUUCAGCCAAUCAUCAUCCCUUAAUCAACACAUGAGGAUCCACACUGGAGAGAAACCAUUCACAUGCACUCAGUGUGGGAAGAGUUUCAACCGAUCAGCAAACCUUAAUAAACACAGAAAGAUUCACACUGGUGUGAAUAUAUGAGCUCCAAAAUUGAAACUGCACCAGACAACUCACACUGGAGAGACAGUACACUGUGACAAGAGGUUUAUUCAGUUAACACAUCUGAAAACACAAAAGAGGAUUUAUACUGGAGAGAAACUGUACAGAUCUGAUCAGUGUCUACAGAGUUUCGCUCAUUCGGCGCAGUUUAAUAAACACAUGGACAAAAAGUUGCACACAUGACAUGAAUGCAGCAAAACAUUUUCUCAUGUGCACAGGAUGUUUCAUGUCUGAAUAAUGUUAGAAAAGGCUGAGUGACGGUAUACUGUUUUCCAGCAGUCCUACACUGCAGUAGGUGGGGUUGUAAAUUUGUUGCGCUCCUUGCGUUUACCAUAAACACAAUGAUGGCGGCUGAGAGAAGAACAGUUUCAUAAACAUCUGGCAAACAGCACCACAGUGCGGAUACAUCUGUACUCUACUCUCCAGUGUAUUCAUGUAGCUAGUGUUGUUCUGACUCCUAGAAUGAGAAACAAAUCACUGGGAAGACACCGCACAUCAAAGAAGGUGGAGCUCCAGGAUGGUUAGUUUGCAGUAUACCAGGGCCUCAAGUUUAGAAAGCCCAUUUAAUUGCCC